UUGUAAGUUUAAUUAAUUAAACUUGAUUUAAAUUAUGCAGCAACAGAUCGUCUCAGAUAGGGCCAGCCUCUAACAUUAAACCUACAAAUCAUUUGUCAAGGGGGCUGGCCUUAUCUAUGACAGAUGUCAUUCCCAGACACGUGUUCUGGUCUAUGCUCCCUUCAGUUGCUUCUUAGCCUGCUAACUGGCUGUAAUGAUAAAUGUUUGCUCGCUAAUUUAAAUAGGAUUUAUUGAAAUAGGAAUAAAAUAACAAAAUAAAAUAAUAAAUAAGAAUAACAAAAUAAAAGUGCAGAGUCAAAAUGCCUCCUAAAUCCAGGAAGAAAGAUUGUGAGAUUGGAGAAGACAUUCUUGUGCAAUUUUGCGAUAAUAUUGGACUAUCAUCAAAUGCAGUUAAAACUCUGAGGAGUGAAUGUUUUACCUCGAAGGAGGCCUUAGACUCAAUGGACCUUGACGCUAUCAUGAGUCUAAACUUGCGUGCUGGGGACAUAUGUAUUUUGAAAAAGCACAUAGCAUCAACAAAAGUCCAACCUUCCGUAAAUGAGGAUGUAUCGCCCAUGAAUGAAAUACCCAUUUCAAAACUGUUACAAGGCCCACCCGGUACACCUAUGCCUCAAAUAGGACAAUCACCGGAUAGCAGCGUGACAAGUACCGCCGUACAUGGGGCAGCCGCAUCAAUCUCCCCACUGGUUUACCUGACGCCUGUACAGGAUAAAGCAGUAGGUGAGCUAAAAAUAAUUGAUUUUAUUGAUAAAUCAAUAGAGAUAAAUAGCGACCAGGAGCAAUCGAUUUCAAAAAGAGGAGAUCAAAAUAUUCUUGUGUCAAAAUCCUCGAAGAGAGAAGAUAAGAUAUCACCCUUUGAAUGGGCUGUCGCAAAUGCAAGGAUAAUGGCGAAACUGGUGCAGUCUGGAAAGCUUGCUACACAGGGUGUCCUGGAAUACCAAGCAUAUACUGUUAAGAUAUUUCAACAUGCCAUUGCGUAUGAAUGGCAAGGUGUCCUGGCCCUCGACAGAGAAUACCGCAAGGCACAACAUAUACAUGGCUUCCCAUGGGGAGCAGAUCUCAGUCACUUGGAUAUAAAGCACCUUAAAAGGAAGCAAACCAUGUAUGCAAAUAAGCCCCCAACACAAUCUGUAUCUGUGCAAAAAUCGCAAGUUUUCCCAUACCCCUGCAAGGAUUACAACAGUGAGGUAGGGUGCUCACGCACUACAUGUAAAUUUGCACACAUCUGCGCAGAUUGUAAAGGUAAACACCCUAAAGUUAAACACCCCUCAUCAGAAAAAGCACCCCAGGAAAACUAAUAAGCCCCUCUGCAUUAUCGCCAUCAGGAAAUUUAAAGUAUGACUUCUGGAAUAUUGAAUUAUCAUCUGAUCAUGACAAAGAAUUCUUAUUAAGAGGAAUUAAAAAUGGAUUUAGAAUUAUAGACUCAAGCAAUACAAAACCGACCCCAGCUGCAUGGCCCAACCAUAAAUCUGCCGUUACUGUAAUCAAUCACUCAAAAGUGGAACAACAAAUCAAACAUGAACUAGCAGAAAAUCGAUAUGUUAUAGUUGACAAAAAACCAGUUAUUAUAAGUCCUUUAGGUGCAAUUGAAAAACCAAACUCUGAUUCUAUUCGCUUAAUCCAUGACUGUAGCUU